UUAGCUGACACUUGCAAAUAAGGUUUUUGAGUUGAAGCUCUCUUCCCUCUUGCAGCCGUCCGCCUAAUCGCGCUUCCGUCGCCGUCGCAUAGUAUCGUAAUCCAAAACUUUCCGGUUUCUGAAGAAAUGAAUUUUUUAAACUCAGCAGCAUCCUUAUGCAGAAGAGUUAGUUUAAGGGAACUUAUCACUGAGGUUCCUGCUUACGGUGGCAGUGGCAUCUCCGAUUGUUCUUCAAGUGGGUUGAGUUUGGUGUUAAAGCGUUGGGCUACUAAGAAAACCGCUGGUUCCACCAAAAACGGACGUGACUCUAAGCCCAAGAAUCUCGGCGUUAAGAAGUUCGGAGGAGAGAAUGUGAUACCUGGAAACAUAAUAGUCCGCCAACGUGGGACUCGCUUUCAUCCGGGAGACUAUGUUGGGAUCGGGAAGGACCAUACUCUGUUUGCAUUGAAGGAAGGACGGGUCAGGUUCGAGAAAAACAAGAUAACUGGACGGAAGUGGAUUCAUGUUGAUCCUAAAGGAGGUCAUGUUCUUCACCCUAUCUACACCAAAGCUGCAAUGGCCAAGUCGACUAAGGUGGAGACAGCUUCUUCGUCGUGAAAAGAGAUUGAUCCAACAAUCUAAAGGUGUCUUUCUUACCUUCUCUUGACUAAGAGAUGGUGGUGGUAUCUUAGAACAGCAAACACUCAAUUCAAUAACACGUGCUGUUUUUGUCUAUCUCUUUAGUCUUUGUCUGGAUACUGAUCAUGUGCUUGUUUACGCCAAGGCACAAGUUCAUUUCUUCAAAAGAUUAUCAAAUAUUUUGUUCACAGUUCCAA